UGCGCAGUGCAGCCGAGGUUCUGAUGCGGUUCGGCUGAUGAGUUCAGAAGCAGCUUCACACGGGCCUGUAGGACAAGCGAAGCUCAGCGUCGUUUCUGUCUGUGAGGAAUAGCGAUGGAGGGAUGAUCGGCACCGGCCCGGUGUUUGAUGAUGAACCGGAGCGACGGAGCGGCGGCGGCCGAGCGGGAUUUUGUUGUGGAUGGAGAGGAAAAUGUGUGCAGAGCUGCGGGUUACAUGACAGACUGUCUGAAUGAAGACACUGAUAAAGUUCCUCUUCAAACGCACCCACUGAGGGAAUUUGAGCAGCACCUCAGUGAUCUGAAGAAGGAGAACUUCAGCCUCAAGCUGCGCAUCUACUUCCUGGAGGAGCGGAUCCAGCAGAAGUUUGAGGACAGCAGCGAUGAGAUCUACAGGACGAACAUCGAGCUGAAGGUGGAGGUGGAGAGUCUGAAACAGGAGCUGCAGGAAAAACAGCAACUACUGGAUAAAGCUCUGAGAGCAGCAGAGAGUCUGAGCAAUCACAAUGAAGAGGAGCUGCAGCAACGGUGUGAGGAGAGACAACAGGAGAUCGAUCACAUGCAGCAGGUGCUGGAGACCAAGAUACAGAUACUGCAGGAGGAGGCUCAGUUAGCGCGGGACGAGGCCGAGCGCAUGGCCAGCAUCACUGAAUCUCACUCCCAGCAUCCAUCUGUCACCAUGGAAAUGGUUGCCAAGGACACUCCAGGAGACACAAGCACAAAGCCUGAUGAAGAUGCAGACAGUGAGAGGAUCGAGCAGCUGAGAGCAGCGCUGUGCCUUAAGGAGCAGAUGAUCAGAGAGCUAACGGAGGAGAAGACGGAGCUGAGACAGAGAGUGAGACACAUGGAGGAGCAGCUGGAGCAGCUGUCUGUGUCUCUGCUGCAGAGAGAGAGAGAUGCACAGUUCUAUCAGGAGGAGUUGGGUCGUGAGAGGCUCCGUGUGCAGCAGGAGAUGCAGAGUCUGAUGGAAGAGCAGCAGCUGCAUCAGUAUGAGCACACCGCUGGACAGUGUGUGGAUGAACUACAGCAAGCGCAGAAGCAGAUCAACGAGAGCGAGACCAACAACAAGGAGCUUCUGGAGAAAGUGUGUGAGAUGGAGUCAGAGCUUCGGUCCAUCAGACAAGCUGCUCAGAACCAAGAGAGAACCAUCCAGAACCUCACAGACAGCCUGAGAACUAAAGACACAGAGACUCAGGAGCUGUGCUGUGUGAUUGAGGGCCAGAACAAAACACUGCGUAAAAUCACAGAGACCCACCAGCAGCAGCUGCAACACACACAGUCUUCACACGGCGCCGUGGACUCGGGUUCGGUUCUGGGCUCCCAGAGUUCUCUGUUCUCGUGUCAGCUGGAGUUGGAGGCGAGUCAGUGCGCUCACAGACUGACUCAAAGACGUCUGGAGGAUCUGAAGCGAGAGCGAGAACGACUGCAGAAUGACCUCCAGGAGGCGCUGCAGCACAGAGACGUCAGUCACAAACACAACCAGGAGCUGCGUGAGAUGGUUGAGCAGCUGCGGUCUGAGCUGCAGGUCAAAGUGUGUGAGCUGAGAGAUUGUGAAGCCUUGACUCGCUCAGAAAUCACUGACCGGGACAAAAGUAUUGCACAGCUCCAGCAGAGUUUAUGCCGCAAAGACGCACUGCUGCAGGAGUAUGCAGAGCUUGACUCGUGUGACUCCAGCAGUCGCGAGGAGAGAGACGCGCUGCUGCAGACGCUAAGGAGCCGCAUCCGAGACAGAGACGCCGCGCUGGAGCGAUCAAUCGAUGAGAAGUUCCUCUGUCUGGAGGAGAAGGACGGUGAGGUGCAUCGACUGCAGCUGGUGCUCCGUGAGAAAGAGCGAGACCUGGAGAGACUGCGCUGUGUCCUCAAUAACAACAACGACACCAUCACGGGUUUGGAUGCUCUGGUGCGAAGUAAGGAUCUGGAUUUGGAGAGAACGCAGGAAACGUUCCAGAAACUGGAGUGGCUGAAACAGCAGAGCGAUGAGAAACACACAUUCGCUGUACAGGAGAGAGACGGCAUCAUUCAGCAGCUGCAGAAGGCGCUGCGCUCACACAGCAGAGAGAGCGAGGAGCUCAGGUCAGUGCUGCUGGAAGAAGUGUCCACUGCUGACCUGCUCCAUGAUCUCCAGUCCCAUCUGACCAUGAAAGAGCAUCUGUUUCAGGAAGUGAUGUCAGACCGUAGCCGGCAGGCACAGGAACACCACAGACAGCUGACGGAGCUGCUCCACACCAUCAGCUCCAGAGAUCAGGACAUGAAGGAUUACAGCCAGCAGUCGGGCCGGGUGAUUUCCGAGCAAUCGGGUCAGUUGGAAGAGUUGCGGAGGCAACUAACAUUGCGAGAACAGGAGCUGAAUGACAUGAACAGGCAGCGAGAGAAGGACGUUUCUGCGUCCAGAGAGCUGCAGAGACUUCAGGACGUACUCAAGGAGAAAGACACUUUCCUACAGGAGUUUCUGCGGGGUCCGAGUGAGUUGAACUCCACACCAGAACCGGCACAGGCCGUGUGUAUGAGCAGCUCAGGUGAUCUGGAUGUACAAGCCAUCAGAGAUGAACUACAGCUGACCCUUAAGAAAUACAAAGAGACUGAGCGGGAGCUCUCAGAGAUGCGCUCGGUUCUGUCUGCAGGGCAUUACAACACAUCAAGCUCUGAUCAGCAGUGUGUCCUGCAGCAGCUGGUGUCGGAGCAGCAGGCGCUGAAUGAAGCUCUGAGAGCAGAGAAGAGUGUUUAUGAGAAGCUCAGAUGUGUCCAAGGUCAGGACGACAGCAGUGCUGAGAAGCCUGGAGCGCUGCACACUGAACUGCACUCGCUUCAGGUGCUGCGCCAACAGCUGGAGGAAACCCUGACGAGGGCCCGCGAGACGGCGCUGGUGCUGCACCGGGCCGUGCUGGUCCAGACCGACUAUGGAGAAUCCAGCAGUGAUGAAGAUGAAGACGAUUGUGACAGCAGCAGCAGUGAGGAGUUCCCAGACAGCAUCGAGGAAGAUGAGAUCAAACUGACGGCUCAGAGUCUGACGAGCACGCAGAGAGCUGAGGAGUUUGGCAGGAAGCUGAUGUCUCACAAUACAUCAGAGCAGAGAAACCAAGAUAAUAGUGAGACGGGCUGCUCCUCACUCGCUCGCUCCAGGAACGAUCUGAAUGAAGACGAGUCUGGAUUAGCAGCGGAUGAGGAGGAAUCUGUCAGGUGUCGAGGGUCGGAGAAGCGUGAAACAGAACGGCCAAACUCCCGUGAGUCUCAGGAAGUUUACUGUACGUUCCGAGAGCAGGAAGAGGAGGAAGAAUAUUAUGAUGAAGAUGGAGAGGAAGGGGAAGAUGUAAGGGGCCCUCAGGGCAAGCGUGGGCCCCCAAAUGUGAAGCUGCGGGAGGGGAGGUGGAAGAGGAGAUGCACCAGACCUCAUUCUCUGGACCUCGGAGCUCUGCUGUCUCACGAACCUGCAGGCCGGCACACAGUUCAGGAUGUAGGAAUGAAACGAGAGGUCGAGGGUGACAGCAGUGGUUCGAGCACAGGAGGGGGCGGAGCCAUUGGCUUCUGGCAGUAUGUGGAGGCGGGGCUUCGGGAGCAGGCGGAGCGUCUCCGUGGCGACCUCGCAGUGAGUCGUCAGGAGAGUCGCGAGCUGCAGGAGAGACUGAUGGUGUCCGAGGCAACGGUGCAGGCACAGGCCGAACAACUGAAAGACUACAGAGAGCUGCUGACUGAGAGCGCCGUGCAACAGGACAGUAAGCAGGUGCAGGUGGAUCUUCAGGAUCUGGGAUACGAGACGAGCGGCCGCAGCGAGAACGAAGCAGAGAGAGACGAUGCCAGCAGCCCCGAGUUUGAUGAGCUGGAGACGGGCGUCUCUCUCUCAGUUUCGGUAAGCAGACGCAGUGGCUGGAAUGCAGACAGCGACGGUACGCAGAACGAUGACCCGUCCUCACUGAAGCGUCUGGUGCAGGAUCUGCGCUCACAGCUCUCUUGCUGCCAAAAAGUGAUCCGCAGCCUGCAGCUGCGCAUCCGCUCUCUCUCAAACACCUCCGAUUACGCCUCCAGCCUGGAGCGCACGCCACGCAAGGUGAACUGGGCGUUUCAGGUGAGCUCGGCUCACAGCGGUCCAGAUGAGGAUGAGGGCUGGCAGUCAGACGGGCCGCUGAGACCCAGCUGUGAGCUGCAAGAGCUGGUGAACCGUGUGACACUGCUGGAGAAGCAGAUCAGGAGCUCCACACGUGAGGGAAAGAGUGGCCCGGAGGACGGGAAAUGUGCCACCUGGCCCGGGAAGUACAACACACUGAUCCAGGCCCAGGCACGAGAGCUGUCACACUUACGUCAGAAGAUGCGAGAAGGCCGGGGCAUCUGCCACAUCCUCACACAGCACUUGAGUGACACGACCAAAGCUUUCGAGGAGCUGCUCCGUGCCAAUGACAUUGAUUACUACAUGGGCCAAAGCUUCCGGGAGCAGCUUUCCCAGAGUUCCUCACUCGCUCAGAGAGUCAGCACCAAGAUCAGUGGACGUGAGUGUGAUCGUUCAGAACAGCAAGAUGAUAAAAUGGGUCACGAGUUACUAGCACUGAGGUUGAGUAAGGAGCUCCAACACAAAGAUCAAAUCAUUGAAUCUCUCCACACUCAGUUACAGCAGCGUUCGGACACGCCCUGCAGCAGCCACGCCCCCUCAGAGACAACAGACCAGUCAGACUGCGCCUCGUUUGUGUCCAACGAGAGAGGAUCUACCAAUGAGGAUGUGGACCUGUGCUCAGAUCUGGAUGCCACCAUUGAGUUUCCACAGGAGGAGCCUCUACCCAAAGACAGAGCUUUCAGUGCUCCUCGCUCACUCUCCAGCUAUCAGCUGACCAUGCAAUCAAUCGAUUACACACCUGUAUCCCAACAUGUACUGGGAAAGAGUGGAGGCCCAUCUCUGCAAACAGAUGCAAUGUGGGACAUGGAGAAUAUGAUUCAACCAAUAAGAGGUUUUGAUGGAUCAUCUUAUUAUCAGUCUGGCAACAGUCAAACAGGUGUUGAUGUGAUCGAGGAGCAUCUGAGAGAGAUCCGAUCUCUGCGUCAGAGACUGGAAGAUUCAAUCAGAACCAACGAGAGACUGAGGCAGCAGUUAGAGGGACGUCUGGCCACAUGGGAGAGAGACACCGUGGCUCCAAACAACAUCUUUAUCCAGAGUCAUGAUGCAGUCAGUCAACUGACCAAUGAAGUCAGAGCAUUAAAGGAGGAAAAUCUGGCACUAGAGUCAAAGUUACAAGCCAGCAGAGACUGCAGUGAAGAGACAGAGCAGCUCCGGGAGGCGGUGCUUUCUGGGCGUGUCCGUCUGCAGCAGGCGGAGUUAGAGGCAGCACAAUGGAAGGAGGAGUUGAGGAGGCUGCAGACACACAACUGUGAACAAAGUCAACAAAUCCAACAACUUCGACAGGACAGACAAAACAGUCAGGAGCACAACAACAGACUGCAGCAUGAGGUGACUUUACUCCAGCAGCAGUUAGCAGAGAGCAGACAGCUGCUUCACUCCCUACAGAGUGAACUACAACUGUACGACCGUGUGUGUGGUGUGAGAAAGAGCACCUCUGCAGGGUGGGUGUGUGGUAUGCGCUGCCCGGCAGUGGAGCUUGGGGAGCUGCUGGUGGAAGUUCGGGCUCUAAGGGCCCAAUUGGAGCGCAGUGUACAGGAGAACAGUGCUCUACGAGCUCAGCUACAGAAACAGCUGGAUCACUGCAUCGAUCAGCGCCCGUCGCCCAUCAUCCUGGGAAGUCCGCUGCGAGACGUGCUUUACCGCCGACAGCUUAUGCACGACCCUUCUCCUUCUCCUCCUGUCAGAGACGUGGGUCCCCUGUACUCCCCGUACUCAGAGAUGGAGGACAGCGCUGUGAACACUAAUGACUCAAUGGAGCCUCAUACGGAUCUGGAGGGAGAAGCUCCGGACGGCUCGUUUGCCAACUGUAACGGGCGGCAUGCCAUCGGUCAUGUGGAUGACUACAGUGCCCUGCAGCAGCAGGUAAUGGAGGGCCGGGCACUCGUGCAGCGGAUGGAGGCGGUGCUGCAGUCGAGUCUCAGCUCUGCCCUGCUGGAGAUUAGCGGAGGAAAGGCUCUGGAUUAUAACACAGUGAAGACACUUCUCUCCAACACCAAGACCUUGUGUCAGAUUCUGGAUGAGGCAGUGUCUCUGCUCAAGAUGUUCUGGCGGGCGGCGCUUCCGAGCAGCGACGGUCCCGCUCAUCUCAUUCAGAGGGAGCAGUUAAUGCGUGAGGAGAUCCAGUCGCUCCAUUUGCGGAUGGCUGAACAGGAGGAGGUUCUGCAGGGAACCAUCCAGCGUCUACGCUGCUCCAACCGAAGCAAAGAAAGCAUGGAGACCUUCAUUGUCAACCAGCUUUCCCGGACGCGAGAUGUGCUGAAGAAAGCGCGAGUGAAUCUAGAGAAGAAUGAACUCAGGAUUUCCUCUCUAAGCUCCUCCUCUUCCUCUCUUUGCCAUGGAAAAGUCUUCACAGGCGUGUCCACAGGUUCUUCCGCUUGGGGUUGCGUGAUCCCUGCAUCUUCUGCGAUUGCCGUGGAAACAGCCAAUCUGCAGCAACCUGCCAAGAAGCGUUUCAGGGAGUGACUUCAGCUUUCUGCCUCCUGUUAAACCAGUCAACCACUCACUCUAUUGAGCCUUACCCUCCUCUGUCACCGCUUAUUUGUGAUUUGACCUCUUUCCUUCAACAGUGGGCCAUUAAUCGCCACAUGCCUAAUGAUUGACAGUUUGUGAGAAGACAGUAUUUAUGUUUUGCCAUGAGACAGAGAGGAAACAUAUUCUUCACUUUCUGAGAUAUGAACAGACUGCCACAGAAUUCCCUUGAGUAUUUCAGGGAUUUUUGGCAAAAAUGCAUUACACCUGUGUAGCUGAUCAGCAUGCGAGCCAUUUUGAGCACUGACCACUGCAUCGUAAGACAAAAUGGCAAUUAAAGCAUGUGGAAUAAGUUCACGUGCUUGACAAUGUGCCAUAUAUUUUGACACUGUUAGUAUUAAUAUGAUUGUUGAUAUUGUCAUUAUUAUCCAUUGCUACUUAUUGAAACUGAAUGUUGUGUUUAGUAUUUGCAUGAUGGGGGUUGAUAAAGAGAAAGUACACCUUUUUUUGUGAAGCGAGGUUCACCAAACAAGCCAAAGUUUGCAAGGUUAAUUUCCAUCUUUUCAGUUGUUGAUGAUGACUUCUGUAUGUAAACUGAUUUCAAGUAAUCCAUGUUUAAUAGCACUAUUUUAUUCACCUUGUAGGAACUGUGUCAGAGUGCUUUAAGCAUCUUGGCAGUUGCUCAUGAAUUUGCAAAAAUUUAUAUAGAAUGCGAGUAAGUUGACAUUGAUUUGUGCACAGUUACUCCUGUGCAAAUACAAUCAAUUAAAGUGUUUAAGAUUUCUGAACUACAGAUUGCAAACGUUGGCAGGGCAUUGGUGAGACCAGAGCUGCUAAUGUUUCAAUCACGUAGCCAAUCACAAUCAGAGAUAUGUCUUUAUCACUCAAGAUUUGUGUUGCUGUAUUUUUUCUUUCCGAGCUGUACAUGUAUGCCUUCCUGCUGUUUGAAUUUGGCACUCUGGGUCAACCUAGCCAAUGUUUGCUAUAGGAUAAGCAAAUGUAUAAAACAUGGGUAGCUGUGCAAUAGCCAUUUGAUCUUGAUGUAAGACACCAUAUAGAUUAAUUUACUUUGUACAUUACACCAAUUUAUAAACCUUAGAAGUUGCCUUGCCUCAAAUCUUUUGCAUAUGAUGAAAACAUAUGCUUUUAAGUGAAUGUUGCUUUGCCUUUAAACAGCGAUGUAAGUGAUUUCAGAGAGAAAUGCAAUAUUGAUCUUUAAAUGGCCUUGUGGGUGCUCCACAGUAUUAGGGUGUAUAUCACUAUAUAUAUCACUACAUUCAGAACCACAAAUGAAAUGUAAGUGAAGGACUAAUGUGAUACAGGAAAGUUUUGGAUGAAAAACCAAAGCCAGAGGGGGGAACCAACCUGAAUUCAGGUAGAGAGAGAAAUUAGCAGUAGACGUUGGUUCUGAAAUCUUUAUAAUAUGUAUAUAGUGCUUAAAGGCUCAUUUGUUGCUAUAUAUGUUACUGAUGUUAUGGUGUAAUGUAACAAAAGAUUGCCGACACAAGCCAAUCAAACUCUGUGUCUGAUGCUUAUGAAAAUGCGCCAUGCUUUAUUACAGCUUCAUUUGCAGUUUUAACAGGAAUAAACAAUAGAAAUGCAUCGUUUUCA